AUGGAUUUAUUGCAGAAGGAACAUCAGCGGCUCUGGAAGCGCGCCCAGAGCGGAAAAAGCAUCAAAGAUGUCCAGGCGACAAUUGACUUGCUCCAGGAGGCUAGGGACAACAUCGCAAGGGAUCCAAGCUCAGCCUCCAUUUAUUUGGCAAAGCUACAGAAUCCCGUCAAAGCCUCUUUCGAUGUAACUAAUGAGAGCCUUAAGGAUGCCCACAGUGGACUUAACAAGUAUACCAAAGCUCUGGAUAAAUUAUUCAAAGAUAAGCCUUUUCCUUAUGACGCUCUAUCAGCGCAGCCAGCGCUCGUCAACAGAGCUAUUGCCAUGCACCUUCUACGAGAGGGUCAAUUUUCCGUUGCCUCUACAUUUCUAUCAGAAGUAGCCAAGAACCCAACACCCGCACAACCGGCUUCUGAAACUUCAGACUCCGACUCCAUCGAUGUCAUAAUUGAAAUGGAGCAGAUGCAGUCUGGGGAGAUCCGAAAACAGUUUGUUCUCAUGUAUCAAAUAUUACAUGAGUUGAAAAAACAGCAAAACCUACUUCCAGCCAUACAAUGGGCGUCGGAACAUCGGCAUUUGCUGGAAGCAAGGGGGAGCAAUCUGGAGUUUGAACUGUGCAGGCUGCAGUUCGUGUGGUUGUUCCAUGGAGGCAAAAAUCCCCAAACACCCAUGGCAUCAGGACGGCAAUUGGCACUGGAGUAUGCCAGGAAUGAAUUCUCUACAUUCCAGACUAGGCAUCUGCCGGAAAUUCAACAGUUGAUGGGCGCCAUGGCAUUUUGCCCUAAUCUGGAAGCCUCGCCCUAUAGAGCCAUCUUCAACAACCCCUCCGCCUGGACCGAUGUAGCGCACUCCUUUACCCGUGAGUUCUGCUCGCUAUUAGGCCUGUCAGCCGACUCCCCUUUGUACAUAGCAGCCACAGCUGGCGCAAUAGCGCUGCCAACUCUACUCAAACUGCAGACAAUUAUGAAAGAAAAACGGACCGAAUGGACGUCUCAAAACGAACUUCCCGUUGAAAUCCCUCUUCCACCCUCCUAUCAAUUCCACUCGAUAUUCGUCUGCCCAGUAUCAAAAGAGCAGACGACAGACGAAAACCCACCAAUGAUGAUGCCCUGCGGCCAUGUCAUUGCUCAAGAAUCUCUCAUGAGGCUUAGCAAAGGGGGUAAAUUUAAAUGUCCAUACUGUCCGAACGAAAGCCACCCCAGAGAGGCGCAGAAGGUGUUUCUGUAA